CCAGAGCGCAGCAGGGCGGGGGUUAGGGGGAGCAGUCGGUAGCAGCACCUGCCCCUCAUACGGCAGGAGCUAUAAGUGCCAGCCACGUGCUGCCUCCACCUGGACGGCCUCUCUGCACAGAGCAGCAGCAUUCAGCCUGGGACGGACGUGCUGCGGGGAGGUGAUGGCUGCCCGGUGCCCUCGUCUUCUGUUCCUCACCAGCCUGCUGGCCCUGUCAGCCCCAGUUCUCACCCUGGAAAUACACAACCUGAACAUCUUACAGGGACCCACCCAUGCAAUCAGGAACAUCCACCUGAAGGACCUGAAGGCAGAUCAGGGGAAAGCGAGCCUGCGGCACAGCCGAGCCAGUGACCCGGAGUUACCAGAGGCCCACGUCUGGCCCAAGGACUGCAGUGAGAUAACCUGGAACAGGAUCAGCGGUGUCUUUGUGAUCCAGCCCACAGGACUCCACCAGAUUGUCGUUUACUGUGACUUGAACAGCACCAGCGAGGGCUGGACGGUCCUCCAGCGGAACCGGCGUGACACGCAGAUCACCUGGGCCGAGUCCUGGAGCACCUACAAGUACGGCUUUGGCAAUGUGCAGGAUGACUACUGGCUGGGGACGGAGUACAUCUAUUGGAUCGCCAAGCAGAAGGUCUACCAGGUCAGGUUUGUCAUCCAUGAUUCAUCUGGCACCAUGAAAUACGCAGACUACAACCUCUUCGGUAUGGAAGAUGAGUCCAAUGGCUACAGGCUGAGGCUGGGCUCUUACACGGGGACUGCAGGGGAUGCCAUGACUUCAAACAAUCCAACCUCUGUUCAUGACAACAUGAAGUUCUCCACUAAAGACAUGGAUCAGGACAUUUACAGCGGGAACUGUGCGUCUAGCUAUGAUGGGGGCUGGUGGUACUCGGCUUGUUAUUCUGUUCGACUGAACGUCAAAGGGAGCAUCACUUGGGGUAGUUUCUGUAGUGGGAACUGCCAAGCCUCUGCCAUCCUCAUCAAACCAGCGUCUUACUGUUAGUUACCCCUUCCCCACCCUCCCAUCUGCAGGGGAGGCCAACCCCUGCUCCACGAAGGGAGGGAAAAGGGUUUGGAUGUGUCAUGGGCAAACCUCACACCCAAAUCGGAGUGGAAAGUAACAUGUUUAUCCAAAAUGGGGCAACUUUCUCUUUUCUUUUCUUUUCUUUUCUUUC